GCUCUGCUGCUCCAUUACAGCUUUGGAGAGGGAGAAGGGAGAGAGGGGUAUCUGUAGAGAUAUAACACUAUAGAAAAUAUCACUACAAAGCCGAGAGGCCGUUGUCACGUGUCCUGGCAUCACUCCCGCGGAGAAGUUACUGUUGGGCGCGAGGCUGCGAUGGUAUAAGAGAGCGAGCCAGCGAGCGAGCGGGAUGAUGAGCUAAUAUUCUUUACUGAAACCGCUUCAGUCCGGGAGGUUUGGGGGUCUAGAUACGAGAACUGGACCGGAACGACACGGAACGGUGAUGACAUUUCCUCCGUGAACAGUGAAAUGAAUCUGCGCGGAAAGUGGGUGCAAUCGAGGACACUUUAGUAGCCCAAUACUGCUGUUUUUAGGAUGAAAAGGUGGUUUGAUAGGUUAUAAAACAUUGUUGGAAUAUGCUAUUAAACACAGUGCUUCAGUCUUUGCUGAACAGAACGGAGAAAUAUUAUAAUUUCAUCUGAUGAAAAAACGUUCAAUCCUUCUCUUUCCACGGGAUACAAUUCUCACGAAGCGUUUUAAUAAUCCAGCAUCAUAGGAGCGUUUCCCCGGUGGUUACCGAGACUGAGCUCACACGUUCACAUGGGCGAGCAGCUCGCUCCGCUGCCUCUGUCUGUAUUUGCGACUCGGCCAUUUGAGAUGAUAUCGGCAUCGGCACCUCGAUCUCUCACGGUGUGAAACUCGGGAGAUUCCUGCGGUCCGCACCAUCUGCACCGCCAAGGGGGGCGGCAGCUUUAACGCGGAGGGGAGGUUGGUCCACCGCCACCGCAAGCGCACACAAGCAUGGAGCCGGACCGGAGCUGCACCGUGUCAAAAAAGACCAUCAUUACCAAAAUAUUUAAAGUUCGCAAGAGGAGGCAAAUGCUUUUUAUCCAAGUGUGUUUCAUCAGCAGUGUACUGUGCCUGACGUGGUGCAUGUCCGCUCUACUCAGCCUAACAGGUCAUGGGUUGGUCCUUGACACUAGCAGGAGCCUGGUGGGGACUCCUGAUCUGUUGGGGCGAAGACUGAUGGCGGUGGACGAUGACAACGACACACUGGCCAAGAACUGUACUGAACCAGCUGUCCAUGAAUUUCCCGAAGACAUGUUCACCAACAGACAACGCACACAAGGAGCCGUGCUGCUACACAUUUUUGCGGCUCUCUACAUGUUCCUGGCUCUGGCCAUUGUGUGUGAUGACUACUUUGUUAUGUCUCUGGACAAGAUCUGUGAGAAACUGGAUCUGAGUGAGGACGUGGCUGGUGCCACCUUCAUGGCCGCUGGAAGCUCCGCCCCCGAGCUGUUUGCUUCUGUCAUUGGUGUGUUUAUCACCCACGGGGAUGUGGGAGUGGGGACCAUCGUGGGCUCUGCAGUCUUCAACAUCCUGUGUAUCAUCGGAGUGUGUGGUAUCUUCGCAGGCCAGGUGGUCUACCUGACCAAGUUUUCCGUGUUCCGGGACUCGCUCUACUACACGCUGUCUGUGGUCGCUCUGAUAGCGUUUAUCUACGAUGGAAAGAUAGUGUGGUGGGAGAGCCUGAUUCUGGUGGUGAUGUACUCUGGCUACAUCCUAAUCAUGAAGUUCAACUCCCAGUUACAGAGCUACUUCUCAGGAAAGGAAGAGAAAUCACUGGCCAAUGGGAAUACGGCAAGCAGCGAGCUGGAAGAUGGUAAUGGUUGCUAUGACAGCAUUUGGGACGACCCUUCCACACCGCUCCUUCCCCCAGUGAAGCCUGCCAAGUCGUACAGCAGCGGCUCAGUGGUGAUGGUGGAUGAGAUGAUCAGCUCCAGCCCACCACACUACCGCUUCCCAGAGGCGGGACUACGCGUGAUGAUAACCAAUCACUUUGGACCUAAGACACGCCUCCGCAUGGCCAGCCGAUUGAUCAUCAAUGAGCAACAGAGACUGGUGCAGGCAUCCAACGGUGACACCACCAUGGUGCUGGACGGUAAAACAGAAACGCUGGAGAACGGAGGCGUGGCGGAGGAUAAACCUGCCGAGGAGGAGGAGGAGGUGGGACUGGCCUCCCCCUUUACUGUCCCUGAGGGCGCCAUGGAGCGUGUGAAGUGGCUGCUGUGCUGGCCCAUCCUGCUGCUCCUGUACCUGACCGUGCCAGACUGUGCCAAACCGCGCUGGGAGCGCUGUUUCCUGCUCUCCUUCUUCCUCUCCACUGUCUGGAUCGCCAUCUUCUCCUACUUCAUGGUCUGGAUGGUGACUAUCAUAGGCUUCACUCUGGGUAUUCCUGAUGUGAUCAUGGGCAUCACGUUCCUGGCAGCGGGCACCAGUGUUCCUGACUGCAUUGCCAGUCUCAUAGUCGCCAGGCAAGGUCUCGGGGACAUGGCUGUGUCCAACACCAUAGGCAGUAAUGUGUUUGAUAUCCUGGUGGGUCUGGGGGUACCCUGGGCCAUCCAGACCAUGGCUGUGGACUACGGCUCCGAGGUGAUGAUUAACAGCAGAGGGCUGGUGUAUUCUGUGGUGCUGCUCCUGGGAUCUGUGGCUCUCACUGUGCUGGGCAUCCAUGUGAACGGCUGGAGGCUGGACCUGAGGCUGGGGGUGUACGUGUUGGUCCUGUACGCAGUCUUCCUCUGCUUCUCCAUCCUUAUCGAGUACAACGUGUUCACCUUCGUCAACCUGCCCAUGUGUCUGGAGCCACUGUAGC